AUGUCCAGCGUACCCUACUCUCGUCCCAGAACCGGCGCUGAUAUUGCUCGCGAAUCGAUGUCUCACCCGGCCAACGCCUCUCUUGGCUACAACAACCUCUCCUUUCCCACACCUGCAAACUCCUCCCUCGCCUACAUGUCUGCUCACAAACCGCACGAUGUUUACGACUUCCAGGGGCAAGGUGGGAUGGGCAUGAACCCUAUGAUGGGUAUGAAUCCCAUGAUGUCGAUGUACAACCCGAUGAUGAUGGGUGGCAUGGGCGGUAUGGGUGGUAUGGGUUACGGGAUGGGGGGGAUGAUGAACCCCAUGGUCUGA